UGAGGUUGUAGCGACGCACAGGUGCUACUGGUAAUUAGCGGUGGCUCAGUACGGUUAAGUCACUGGUUCCACGAUCCAGCAUGUGAAUAUCAGGCUUACAUUAUGAAGGGGUUUCUUCUUAACAGCUGACUUGCAUUUACAUGAGUAAGGUAGCUGUCAAAUCAGUGGUGAGCGACCGGUUUUUCUCUUAAAUAAUAUCCUUAAGACUAUCUCAAAUACUUUGCACUAGAGCUAGAUAUUUUAAACCCUUAACUAAGGCUAAAAGCAAAAUGGCUGCAGCUACUAAAUGCAUUCCUGAAGGCUUGACAAAUGUGCAUCAAACUGAAUUUUUUUUUUUGAAUCCGUCUCAACCAAAUAAUUUUGCUGUUCAGAAAUGCUCCAUAACUGCAAUGGGGGGGGGGGGGAAACAACAACCCUGUCUGAGCCAUGACCAAUGCAUUUUAUUGGGUUGUGGUUUCUAUCUUGUGCAUUUUUCAACAAGUGUCUUAAAAAUGUGGCCUAGAAAUGCAUUGCACUAAGCUCUCAGGGCCGUUGUUCAAUAAGUCUAAAUAUUCAUGUGAAUGCCAAACCAGGAUGAUACUGCAGACAUCUGCUAAAUCUUUACUCUGUAUUCUAAGUGCUUGGUUUUCAAUCAUGUCACACUGGUAAGCAUAAACAUUGCAUGAUAUCAUCCACUCAGUCUUUCCAUGCAUUAGUAUAUGUUGUCUCUCCUCCAAGCUAUAAAUAAUUUUUAAUAGAAACUCUACCUCCAACCACAAUGUUCAGUUUUCUUGAGCAGUAAAUGAUUAAAUGAAUGUUUUAAUAAAUUCAGUGGUUAAAAGGAGAAACCUUUUCUGGGUCAGAAAACAUUUUUUGAUACAAGACUUCUUUUGUUGGCAGCUGUCUCCUCCCACCUUCUCAUAGUGAGCAGGAAUCAGGACAAACAAGAAACCUGACCUGCAAAGUAGCAGAGUCCCCUCCCCUUACCUCUGCCUUCCCAUACCUGCUCUGAAAACAAUGAAGCAAAACAAAACCAGUAGCUUCAACAGCAGAGUGAAAGCGCUGUGGAAAAAAUGAUCUCUGACUCAGAAGGUGGAUUAUUUUGUCUUCGACUUUGAGGCAAACUUGACUACCCGCCUUGGAUUUUUAUUUUAUGACAAAAUGAAGACUCAGCUUGUGGGUGUGUGUUUAGCAAUUAUCGGCUUUCUUGGCACCAUCCUCAUCUGUGGACUGCCUGCAUGGAAGGUGACAGCCUUUAUUGGUGCAAACAUCAUCACUGCUCAGGUCUUCUGGGAGGGUUUAUGGAUGAACUGUGUGAUCCAGAGCACGGGUCACUCGCAGUGUAAAGCCUACGACUCCAUACUGGCAUUACCACAGGAACUGCAGGCUUCCCGGGCUCUGAUCUGCGUCUCCAUUGCUGUCAGUGUGGUGGCCAUUGGGCUCACUGUGGUUGGGGCCCGCUGCACAAACUUCUAUCGGGACGACAGGCCAGCCAAGGGUCAGAUUGGUCUUGCUGGGGGUGUUGUGUUUAUAGUGGCGGGGCUGCUGUGCAUCAUUCCUGUUAGCUGGUCGGCUCACAGCAUCAUCACUGGUUUCUUCAACCCCUUGGCCACCGAGGGGAGGAGGGGGGAGCUCGGGGCUUCCAUAUAUGUGGGCUGGGCUUCUGGAGCUCUGCUCGUCAUUGGAGGAGUGGUUUUGUGUAGCACCUAUAGAUGCUGAAGAUGACGAGAAGAGAGGAGGAUGCCAGGAUGGACAUAAAACACAGACUGCGGUCAAAACAUAGAGUAAUUGUUUAACUAUGAUGGGCUUUGUCUAAGAUUUUGAUCAAGACUUCUUUUUUUUAUUG